AUGUUGUUUAAGAUCUUGUUUACUGUUACUUUAAGUGCUUUUGUAGUCAAAGGUAUAAGCUUUGAUUCUUCAAAACAUUGCUCAUGCAGUCUCUUAACAGAAGCUGAUUGUAUUAACUAAAAAUCAUGGUGUCAAUGGGAUCCAAAUGAUAAAGAAUGCAUUGAUAUUUAUGCCAUAUGUGAUAGUUACACAGAAGCAAUCACUUGCUAAGUAGAGCUGGGAUGCUUUUGGAAUAAGAAUCAAGAGUGUGCUGAAUUUACAACCUGUUCAGAUUAUACCGAUAAACAAUGCCCAUCAGGUCUUUGUAAGGUUGUUAAUGAGACAUGCACUACUUUAUAAGUAGAGAAAUGCUCAUCUAAGACAACAAAAGAUGAGUGCAAUGAAAGCUAUGAUUCAAUGGAUUCUCACUGUUAAUGGAGUAAGGCGUCUACCUGUGAUUCUUUACCAAACAUUCCAAGUUGUGGAGGAUUAGCAGAUUUUUAAGACUUAUGCUUAGAAUCUGGUUGCUAUUACGAGAAUGGAAAUUGCAGAGAAAAGAAAUGUUCUGACUUUGCAUAGACUUAGUGUUUACUUACGUAUGUGAGUGGAAGUGGAAAUUAAUAUACAUAUUGUAGUUGGAAUACUGAUACAAAUAAAUGUGUGGAAGGGACAGAUGCCUCAAAAAUAGCAUAGAGUAAUUGCAACACUUACACUCUUAACAACUAUAGAUGGUCAGAAGAUCAAAAAUUAUGCGUUGCAUGUGAUGAUCUAGAUGACAAUGAUCUUCCUAAUAGUUAUUCCAUCCAAUUAGGAGUCCUAUUGUUGACAUUUAUAUUACAUUGAAA